CAAAGCCACUUACUUCAUUUUUCUCCCUUUUUUAUUUCUUUAUUUUAAAACAAAAGCUAGAGAGAGAAAGACAGAAAGAGAGAAAGAGAGAAAGUUUGAGAUUAUACAAACCCCAAGAAACCCCCUAGAAAAAAGAGGGAACAGAAUCAAACAGAUAAUAUCAUUUGUAGUUUUUUGUUUGCUUCCUCUCUGUUUUCCUCUGUGUGGACAUUGGGAUUAAACCAACUUCUCAUUAUCAUAUUCCCUUCUUCUUCUACUUCUUCUUUGUUCUUGUGCUAAAACAAAACAAGAAAGCACAAGGAGACAAAUAGACCUAUCCAUUUCAUUACCAAACAAUCCGUACAUUCUCUGAUUAUGGCUUGUUCUUCUUCUUCAAUUUCUUCUUCAACUACUCCAAAUAUUACAUCCAAAUUUAUUGUGUUUCUACUUCUUCUCUCUCUUCAAGUACAUUUGUUACUCGGAUCGUCUCUUCAUCAUAAAAACCACACCUCAUUCAGACCCAACAGAGAGAUUCACAAGCUUAGAACAGUGGAAGCAUAUCUCAAGAAAAUCAACAAGCCUUCCAUCAAAACAAUCCACAGCCCAGAUGGUGACGUAAUAGAAUGUGUAUUGUCUCAUUUGCAACCAGCAUUUGAUCAUCCUCGGCUACGAGGACAGAAACCACUGGAUUCGCCGGAGAGGCCAAGUAGAGGAAAUGAAACAACAAAUGAGAAAAGUUUCACUCAGUUAUGGAGUCAGUCCGGUGAAAGCUGUCCAGAUGGGUCAAUACCGAUGAGAAGAACAACGAAGAGUGAUGUUUUGAGGGCAAAUUCAGUUCGACGAUUUGGUCGGAGAUUGAGAAAACCCAUCAGAAGAGAUUCUUCCGGAGGCGGUCACGAGCAUGCGGUGGUGUUUGUAAAUGGCGAACAAUAUUAUGGAGCAAAAGCAAGCAUAAACGUGUGGGCGCCACGUGUGACAGAUGCUUAUGAGUUCAGUUUAUCUCAGAUUUGGCUAAUCUCUGGCUCCUUUGGCCAUGACCUAAACACCAUUGAAGCUGGUUGGCAGGUUAGUCCUGAGCUAUAUGGAGAUAAUUAUCCAAGAUUCUUCACAUAUUGGACGACAGAUGCAUACCAAGCAACUGGGUGCUACAAUUUACUUUGUUCAGGUUUCGUACAAACCAACAAUAAAAUUGCAAUUGGUGCAGCGAUUUCCCCGAGGUCCUCUUAUAAUGGAAGACAGUUUGAUAUCGGUUUAAUGAUUUGGAAGGACCCAAAACAUGGGCAUUGGUGGCUUGAACUUGGAAAUGGACUUCUUGUGGGCUAUUGGCCAGUCUUCUUGUUCAGCCACUUAAGGAGUCAUGCAAGUAUGGUUCAAUUUGGUGGCGAAGUUGUCAACAGUCGAUCAAGUGGCGCUCAUACGGGAACACAGAUGGGAAGCGGCCAUUUCGCAGACGAAGGCUUUGAGAAAGCAGCCUAUUUUAGGAACUUACAAGUCGUUGAUUGGGACAACAAUCUCUUGCCUCUGAACAAUCUCCAUGUCUUGGCCGAUCACCCUGCUUGUUAUGAUAUUAGACAAGGCAAAAACAACGUAUGGGGUACCUAUUUUUACUAUGGAGGGCCUGGUCGAAACCGUAGGUGUCCUUGACUCACACAAAACUAAGAAAUGAAAUAUUUUUGUGUGAAUUAGUGUUAUUUUUAGUUUAUUAAGAUUGCUUUUUUUUUUUCUUUUUUUGGGUUUUUGUAAGGCUGUUAUCAAAUACAUUAACAAGCCGUUGGUGGUCUUACUGUAUUUUCGAGGUAAUGAUAUAGAUAAUUUUCUAUA